AUGAGGUCACUGAGUUGGUAUCACCCAACAGUAUCCUUGGAAAUCGGUACUGUGAGUGCAAACGCCAAUCGUGUGGUGGUGGUAAACGGAGAGAUCCCGAAGAACCUGGCCGACACCGCCGCCCUCACCGAUGUGCAACGGGAGGUCAUCGAAUAUAUGCAGGAGGCUCCUCGGCUGGCUGCAGAUGUGAAGCGCAAGGCGCAGAGACUCAUUGAUCACCUCAUCGAAACACCGCAUAAUCGUAUGGACAAGGCAGAGGAGGACCUAAGAUUUGAUCUGGAAUCGAUGAACCCCCCACAGACCAUGUCGGAGAAGUGCCGUCUUCAAGCUCGGAAGGAUGCUGUUUCGGAAGUGGAGCUCGAUAUCCUAUUGUUGUUUUGCGAGCAAGCCAAGCCCAAGAAUGCCGAAGAGGACAAAGGCGAUGCUGGCGGCAACAAGGAGGAGGACGACAACUCUGAUCUCGGAGACACGAGCAAUAAGCAGUCUCAUCUUUUGCUCUACUUCUUGACGUACCUUUAUUCAGGAAACUAUCCCAAGACGGCCUCGAAAGGCGGCGCUGUCGCCAACGACCUUAUCGAUUGGUUGGUGAAGCGCGAGGUCUACGAUUCAGUUCGGAGUCGCACGGACAUGGGGGUCACCAUGCCGUUUACACCUGGUUAUUUGAUCCACUCUGUUACUGGACAGCUAGCCACGGAAAUGAAGCGCCUGUAUGACCGUGGGAGUCUUGAGCUGCAGGAUAAGGAUUACCGAGAGCGAUUUCAACCACAGUCAUGCGACCGAUACCGGCCAGCUACACCGCACCUCUUUCAGGAAGCAGCAAUUAUUUCCUUCUCGCAUACCCAAGUCGAAGCCUACGUCGAGCAGUUUGUGCAAGAAACAGAGGUACAGGAACUGUUCGAUGGUCAGGCGAUCUGGAACGCGAAGGAGUAUCUGGAGAAGCUGAAGACGAUCAAGGACUUGAUGGAGCUGGUGAAGAAACCUUUCAUGCUGUCUGUCGCACUCCGGGCCAUGCCAGCUGUCAUCGAAGACAUCACUGAUACCUCCAAGAUCAAGAUGACUCGACUUUUUCCUAUGGAUGCUGGAUCGAUGGACGUGUUGGAAGAGCUUCUCGACGACGGAUUCUCGAACGCUGUCGUUGACUUUCUGAAGGAUGUGAUGUGGCGAUCGCCAUAUUUCACGAACAGGACAGAGACCUAUUCUUGCCGUCUGCUGUUCCUGGCUGAGCUCGCACAGGCGAACCUUGAUUUCAAGGAACGCCUCUUCCAGUUUAUCGAGCAAUCAAAAGUGGACGAGAAAGCCAGUCAGGCCGCCGCCAAUGCGAUCACCAUACUCGCCAAGGCUGGUGUUAGCUUCUACCGGAAGGAUCUUCGCGGUAUCCGUAUUCCUGGAGCAGAUUUGUCCAGGGGAAAGUUGGACUUGACGCAAUUGCAAGGAGUGGACUUCACUGGGUGCAAUCUUUCCUACAUUUGGCUUCGGCACGCAGAUCUGAACGGAGCUCAUCUGGCUGAGGUACAUCUGGAGCAUCAGCCAGAUCGUUAA